AUGGGGCCGGAGUGGAGCCAGCGCCAUAGCACAUGGUUUGCGGAUGACGCGCUGUUUCAGGCAUUGGUUCACUCCGAGAAUGAGCUGCAACAGCAGCUUAAGGCGAUCUCCAAGGCCUUGUGGGUGCUGCAAAAACUGGGCCUUUCUAUUGCCUCAACCAAGUGUGCGGUUCUGCUACAUCUUGGCGGCACUGCCGCCCAACGAGUCCGUGCCAAACUUGUAAGCACCCAUAACAAAAAGCCGCACAUCACCUUUCAGCACGAGGAUCAUGUGUGGCGGCUGCCACUCGUUUCUAAGCACGACUACCUCGGUGCCACUCUCAGCUACAGUCGCAUGGAGGAUCUUACAGCUACCAGACGUAUCCAGGCGGCUCAGACUUCCUUUGAUCGUCUCAAGCCAGUGCUCACCCACAAAGGUCUCCCGCUUUUCAUGCGUCUUCAGAUUUGGCAGGCCUGUGUGGUCAGCAGUCUCCUCUAUUCGCUACCGCAAGUGGGAUUGACACCCAGCGCUGCCCAGCGAGUCUCCGUGAUCUUCUACAGGAACAUCGUCUAUGCGACCCGAUCCACAGUGCCCGAUUGGUUGUCCAGCGACAGCAAAUUGUUACUGAUAGGACCACCGACCUGCCCCAGCAGGCACCCAGUGAAUUCCCGUGUCCACAAUGCUGGACUGCAGCCCUCGCAUUAUCUCUCCUGGAAAGAGGUGGACCGCUUUGAGAAUGGAACUGAAGGGUGCCAGCAGACGUUGAUACUGCAGCUGGCCCAGGCAACUCGUCCCAAGCCGAAACUGGUGACAAUCCUCAGUCGCUGCCUCCGGCAAGCUGAUACGCACCGCCUGGCAUCUAGCUCAGCGGCGCUACCUGUACCUCUGUCGGCGCUGCCCGACACCGGCAUCACGGAACCUACUGCGCCACCCCGACAGCCUGCCGCCCGCGAACCGCAGGUUCUGCGCACGCUUUAA